AUGGAUUCGAUUCGAGGUAUGCCUUCCGGUGAUACUGCCAACACCCUUGCAGCCAUCGAGACCGGUCGCGGUCUCAACCUGCCCAAUGAGGUGCUCAGCAUGAUUGCCUAUGAGUGCGAGCCAGCAGACCUGAAGAACAUGCGUUUGGCCUCCAAACUUGGACUACAAAUUUCCACUAAGCCCCUUGCACGCAAGAACUUCUCUCGUCAUCGCUUCCUAUUCACCUAUCAAAGCAUGAAAGCCUUGGUUGAUAUCACGGCACAUCUAGUCUUCGGACCUUAUCUGACGUGCAUCACGUUCGGUACCUAUCGCAUGCAGAGGCUCGAACACCAAGGCAGCAAGUUCUUCGAUCGUGAUGUCCAAUACGACAUGAUCGAAGCUAUGCACAGAGCGUUCAUCAUCGGUGGCCACCAUAUCAAGAUGCUCACCUUGGCCUUGGAGAACCUCAAGAAAUGCCGCAAUUUCGGGGUCAUUCUAGGAGUUCAUGAUGAUUUCCAUGGCGAUCACCCGAGACGCCGAGGAUACGCUUUCGAAGCUUCCCACCAAGGCUUUCUUGCACAUCAACCACACACGCUCGAAACAUCGGAUGCGCUGAUCAAAGCCGUGGACCGCGCUGCCUAUCCUCUCACAGCACUGAAGUUCUGUCUUUCUGAUCAGUCCGAAAGUCUGGAAAGUUUGGCGCAUAACGCGAAUCCUGCAUUCUUUUCGCAGCUCUUUCGGAUGGGCGAUAGGAUAAUCCCAAGUAUGGACAUCUACGUCAACGUCUGGGACAGAAGGGGAUUCUACUCGAAGAUGAAACUCUUGUCCAACGCCACUCGUCUCGAGUUGUCGAGACAUGAUUGGGACGAAGAGCUUGUGGGUCCAUGCUCCNUCCUGACCUUCGACGACUAUACUUACGGGAGAAUUUUUGAUGCCAUAAACUCAAGACCUCUGCGAGCCAUUCUCGUCGAAACCUCGGAAGCUAUCUGCGAAGACUUUACCAAAUUUCUUCAGUGCCACAGCAAAUCUCUGAGGGCUCUUGAGCUCCGUCAGUUUAGCAUGAUCGUACUUGAGAAUCCCACACCAGCCUCGGAGCUUCUCCGUUUUCUGCGGUCCAACAUGAACUUGACCUAUCUGUCAAUAGAGGAUCUCGAGGUGGAGGAUGAGUUUGGUCGGGGACCAAGACUAAUACCCGUUUCUGGAAGUAUGGUAUGCAAGGGAUGCAAAGAGGUUGGCGAAGGACUAGACAGGCUGAUUCAAGGGGCCGACAAGAUGUGGGAAGACGAGGCAGACGACUCAGGGGCCAAACCUGACGAGAGAAGCGAUGGGAACAUUCGACAGAUGGAAAGAAGAAAAGAAAGCGAAGCGACUUCCUAA